AAGACCAAAGACUCGCUCCAAAAACUUUUUCUGUAAAUUCUAUUUAUUGCAAUAAACAUUGCAUGCAUUCAUCAUCCAUCAUCAUUGGAAUGCUGAGGAGGCCGCGGCUGUUCAUGAUGCUGCUGUCCGUGCUGCACGGAACCGGCGUAGCAUCAACGGGCUCAUCCCGGUACCGCGUGCACCCCCAGGCAGGGUUCGGUAUCGCUGAUACCGCGGCGGUGGUGCACUAUACAUCGUCUGCUAUACAGUGUGCUCAGCUGUGCUCGAUUUCUGGCUCAUCUGUCUUCUCCGUCACUGAAGAAAACACAGGAAAAGUUGGAUGCAGAAUUGCAUCGUCUGGCUUCCGAGCUGAGAACCUCACCGCCGGCGCCGCUGCUGCAGGAGAAACAACCUACGUCGACGAACUCAGUCCUGCUCCUAUACAGGAACUCACCACUGCUUCUGUGCAGGCGCUCAUCUCUGCUGCACCAACUCAAGGACCAUGUCUGACUGCAUCGGACAUAGUCUGCGCUACUGCAGCUCCGGCGACUUUCUUCUACCACCCUAGCGACUGCACAAAGUACCUGUGGUGUACAGGCGGUACCAACCCGGUAGAAAUGCCAUGCGGAGCUGGUACCUACUGGCGAUUGGACAUCACCGCCUGUGUUACGCCUCAGCCUGCAAAAUGUUCUUGUCAGACGUCCAUCUGAAGGGCCCCAUACACAUACGAGUUUGGUUGCCGAGUCCGACUAGCCGAUAGUGAUUCAUGCAAAAAAUUUUGAGCAAUGCGCCUUUUCAUCUCCUACUGUCUCUUCCAUUUCUCUUUCUUCUUUCUGGCCCCUCUGCGCCACCUCUUGUUCUUUUCCACUCUUUCCUAGUGGCAUCGCAACAACCGGACUCGGUUAUAUUUCACCACACACCUAAUGUAUUUUUCUCGUACAGACCAGUUGUAAUGAUGCUGUUUAGGCAAAAAUGUUACUCAAACUGGAUAAUAUUGUGCGCGUAGGACUUAAGGUCGUUUGUCUCAACCACGUGUCCAUAUCAUGGGUGGCAUGAAAGCUGAUGAAUAACAAAAUUUUGAAUUUAAUAAAAUGUAUCGUGGUCCUCCUGCUGUGUAAUAUGUGAUGUUUAGAGAUUUUAGUGAUCUUUCACAAAUAGGCAUGCGCAACGAUGCACUGUUUGCACAGAAUUGAAAAAAAUAUCAGGAUACGAAGAAACAAUUCUAGAUCCACAACACUCUUUGACAUGACCUUUCUACAAUGAAAUUAAAAAAAACUUGACUCAAUGAUUGGUUUAAUCGAUUUCCUAUUGAAUGUUCUCUUUGUCCUCACUUUUUAUAUGUCUUGAUUUAAUAUCAAUUUAAUUUGCCUCAUUUCACAACCAGAGUCAAACUCAUUCUGCAACCAGUUAUUUUUCACUAGCAAUUUUUGGCACAGCCGUUCGACAAUCCAUUCAAGUGUAGUGUACACUGUUAUCGUGUCUAAAUAUGAGUGAUUUAUUCAAUUAAAGAACAUAAUCAGUCUUAAUCUCGUUGCAGCCCAUAGCCUGCCUCGGGGCUGAACUGCAUUCUUAUCAGAAAAGUAAUCAUAUAAAAUUUAUGUCUAUUCAUUGGAGCGCAAAAUACAUUUUCUUCAUUUCAUUGUAUUAUUCCUUAAAUAGAGCAAAAUAUCAACACACCGAAUGAUUAAUCAUGUUCCUUUUCGGCAAAUUUGACUACUGACUAAAAUAGAGCAGCCUUUGUUCUCUCAUUACAUAGGCCUAAUGCUACGCCGUUUGCUACUGCAUGGCUUUUGAAAACCAAUUUAAAAAGUGAUCAAUAUAUUUCGUUACA